AAAGUUUUAAUAUACUUUUGUUUGUUUACUUUGAUUAUGUGAUUAAUGUUUUGUAGAAUUAUUCUGUAAUAAUUUAUUGUAUAAUCAAGUUUUACAAUCUAGUCAUAUUUUAUAAUAUUUCACCCACGCAAUACUGAUUUAAAAUGAAAUACCUAUAAAUCCUCAUAUUUAGUUAAUUCACUCCUGGAUUUUCAAUAUUAUUUUCUAUUAUUCUUCCUAUUAUUUUCAAUAUCUUAGAAGUAACGUAUUUCCACUGUUACUAGCGUAUUGCCUAAAGUAAUCCUCAAAUGAGUAGAAAGUAAAAAAGUAUAUUGCUUCUGCUAUUUAUGCUUAAACAUUUAAAUUAAAAUGAUUGGACGGCUUAUGAUUUCUUCGUUUCUCGUACGGCCUCAUUCUUAUAAUAGUUUUUGGAAUGUUUUGUGGUUAAAUUUCAAUAAUGUGUGCAAAAACAAAAUUAUCUAUAACCAGAUUUAUGUACCUGUACAAACUCUAAAAUCGAAUACAAAAGAUGAGGAUGCUGUGCCAUUCUACAAGCUACCAAUGAAAACAUUGCUUCACAUAUACAAGGUCACUAUGAAUGAUGUUGAAAAUGGUUUCUGUGAAAACCGGCUUUAUUAUUUGGCAUCUCGAUUAAAGUGUUCACCAACUGGCUUAUGUGAAAAAUUAACUAAAAGAAUCUUUGUUUACUCCUUAUCAUUUGAUUGGUUGAAAAAUGCCUUAGAUAUUUUGUUAGAAAUGGGUGUGUCUGAAGACAGAAUAAUUCGGGAUUUAUGGAUAUUAAAAUAUCAUCAUGAAACAAUACGCCUAAGACUUCAACAAGUCAAAGAUAAGGGUAUUGACAACUUAUAUCCUUGGAUGGUUAGAUGCCCUGAGGAGGUACUAAAUAGGUCAAUUAGAUUAAGCCAAGAAACUAAAAAUAUUCUAGGAGAAACAAAGUCGACACAGAUUUAUUUAGCUAAUCGUCUGAAUACAUCACUUGAUUCUGUGGAAGAGCUGUACUCAAAAACACCUGCAUUAAAAACAAUCAGAGUGACCAAAGCAAAAAAGUUCCUAGAUUUUCUUAUUAAUGAAGGAUUUACUGUUGAAGACAUCGCUAAUAAAUCAAGAGUGUUAUCAGCUUCUCAAAAAACUGUACAGCAAAGAUUGGAAAUGUUACGUGAUUUGGGUGUCAAUGACAUAAAUUUGAAUGUUCUUUGUAGAAGUAGAAGAGAUUUUAAAAAGUAUUGUGAUACCUUACAAUUACUUGCUAAAAAGGAUAAAUAGUUGCUCUAUUAGUACUUGCAUAUUAAAGAAUAAAUAAAUAAAUUGUGUAUAAUAGUUUAAUCUUAAUUUUAAAAUAGGUAAUUAAAAUGAACAAAUCUGUUCAUCAGAGUGUGAUUCGAAGUUACUAAUAAUAUUAAAAUUUCAAUAUAUAUAUAUAUAAACAUA